AUGGACCCCACCCACCUAGAUUUGCUCCCCACAAUCUCAGACAAGGGUAUUAAAUUCCCUAACCCUUUACCCAAGAUUGCCCCACUCAAAGAGAAGGGCAUUGACCCAUCUACCACCAAUGAAUGCCCUUCUCUACAAAUCACAAUGGAUCUAGGAAAGGAAAUAGAAGAAGGUCAGCUGGUUACCGAAGAUUUCGGCCAAAAAGAUCCCCCCGUUCAAAAUAACCGAUCCCUUGUUUCCAACCCAAAUGACUCUAUUUCUUCAAAGCUUAAUCACCCUUUUGUCCCGAGCCAACCUAGACCACAAGACCAAAGUAACCCCAACCCAAGAUCCACUUGGAGCCAUAUCGUGAAAUCUGGAAAUGUUCAAGGAGCUGAAGUUCAAACUCAGAUGGCUACCGCUUGGAAACCUAAAAACCGCCCACAGAAGCCUGAAAAUUCCAGAAGUGCGAAGGGGAAAUCCAUUAUUUUCACAGUGGAGUUUGUUUCUCCUGAACUCCCUACAAUUAGUGCUGUUGCAGAUGUCAAUCCCAUAACCUCCACACAAGCACAAGAGCAGCAAAUCACUCAAAAUUUCUUAGAGGCUUUGCCUCCAUCCCAAAAUGAACAAGAUUCCCAGGUAUACUCUAUACUUGAAUCUACUUGCAUGCUUCCAGCACAUCCCUCACUCCAAUCUCCAAAUAGUUUUGAAAGCCUCCAGGUUCAAGAAGGCCAAUUGGUUGUUGAUAUCGGCCCUUCAACUAGGAAACAUUCCAUUGAAUCUCAUCAAUUGAACACAAAAGGAAAUAGUACCAAGAAGAAGAAGGGUAAGAAAAAACAUCCUAUUACAGGGAGGUUGAGGAUGUUCUAA